AUGGCCUAUAAAGAAGAAAAGAAGACGAGCAUGCAUUUGGGCCGUAUACAGCAAGGAAAAGACGAGUCCUUGCGAAGCAAUGUGCGACGCUUCAGCUUGGUAUCGGGGCAAAUUCCGGAUCUGCCUGAUGGGGUGGCCUUUGAUAACUUUUUAAGAGGACUUAAGAAAGGUUCCUUUAAGUUUGACUUGGUGAGAAAGAGUGUGAGAACCAUGGCUGAUGCCCUGGACGAAGCCGAAUCCUUUAUCCAUGCCACAGAUAUAUGUUCUGUCCCGAAAGAGUCUAAGGGAACUGAGACCGCAGACCACCCUAAGUGCAAGGAUAAGACAGAUAAAAAGACCAAACGUCCAAAUGGGACGUGGUCCAUGGAGAAGAAGGGGUAUCAGGCUAACUCCUCACAAGGGCAGAAGAGAGGACGACCCUAUGAUAAAGAGAAAUUUUAA